GAAAGCGCCCGGGCAAGAGAAGUGUAAACAUCUCUCCCGUCCCGCAUUGAUCUGCAUUUGUUGACUUUGCAGCCCUUCAUCCAUCCACCAUCAUCGUCAUUCCCCUCCGCUCCGAAUUCCAAGUGGAAAGUUAUCGGCCAUCCGAUUACAGUACAACAUCUUUGCAGAACCCGGCAUCUGACAGCUUGCAUCGUUCAACAGCAUCCUUCCGAGCGAGCGCCCGUGCUCCCUGGUUCUCGCCAUGAGUUCCUUUCUUACAACUGUCAAUAACCGGACGAAGACCCAGUUUCGACCCCGAGGACCCGGUAAAGGCGGCGCUACGAGCUACCAGCUUCGCCAGUAUGCGGAGGCGACAUUGGGCGGAGGGAGCCUGCGGAAGGUGGUGAAGCUGCCGGAGGGCGAAGACGAGAACGAGUGGCUGGCAGUCAACAUGGUCGAUUUUUACAACCAGAUCAACCUCCUUUACGGCGCCAUCACCGAGUUCUGUUCUCCUCAAUCGUGCCCGGAGAUGAAGGCGACGGACGAGUUUGAAUAUCUCUGGCAGGAUUCGGAGAAUUACAAGCGGCCCACGAAGAUGCCCGCGCCGGCGUAUAUCGAGCAGUUGAUGACCUGGGUUCAGAGCAACAUUGACAACGAGGCGGUGCUCCCGAGCCGCAUUGGCGUGCCGUUUCCCAAGUCGUUCCCGGCCCUGGUGCGCCAGAUAUUCAAGCGCAUGUACCGCGUCUACGCCCACAUCUACUGCCACCACUACCCCGUCAUCCGCGAGCUUGGCCUCGAGCCGCACCUCAACACCAGCUUCAAGCAGUACGUCCUCUUCAUCGAUGAGCACAACCUCGCCAGCGGGAAGGAUUACUGGGGUCCGCUGGGCGACCUGGUGGACAGCAUGCUGCGCAGCGACUAGGCCGAGGCCGUCGUUGUUUCCUUUCGACAUAGAGGACGUUGGGCUUUUCCUUUGCACGGCGGCGUUCGGUUUGGUUGGGGCGGAUACAGGCAGGACCCGUUAGGACCCGUUAGCUGGCAGUGAGUAGGGUUCAGGGCUGGGACAAUAAAGCAUGCGGGAUCAUGG